CUCUCUGUCUCCUCUCUGUCUCCUGCAGCUGCUGCUUGUGGGCCUCCUUCAUUGCUUGCAGCUGGCGUUGGAGCAGCAGCUCUGAUCUCAGGCCAUCCUCCAGGAAAGCCUGCAGGUCUAACAUGUUCCUCUGCUCCUGCAUCCUAGCAGCAGUGUGCCCUCCUGAACCUGACAUUAACCAAACAGCUAUGAAAAGGGGAAGACAUUUUGAUUGAUAUUCCAAAAACACCUCUUCCAGAAACACCUCUCACAGUGAGAAAAACCCAGCUAUUUUUAUUUUCCACAGAACUGACAAAUAUCAGGAAAAGUUAUCUGAACUCCAGCAGCACAUGAUGUGAGCUCACGCAAUGGUUGCCCUAGCAACCAAACUGCUUCUCCUAACAUUAGCAGAGGUAUUCUUAUGUAUAUGGUGUUAACAUAGUACAGUACAUGCUAAACUGCUGUUUUAGGGCAGCAAAAUAGUAUUGUUUCACAAUGCAUAACUACAAUCAAUUAUGAGAUGAAAAUAUAAUGGAAUGUUGAAAAAUAGACAUUAGAAAAUAACCUGAUGCUCGUGCACGAUAGAACUACAGCAGGUUUAUUCCAGCGCAACAUUCUUAUCCCUCUCUUCCUGCUUCACAGUAAAGACAAUCAUAUAUCGACAUCAUGUAUCGACACACACUGCUACAAUGUUAUAAACUUCGAAUCACUGGAUAAUGUUUAGCAAAACCAAGAUAUUUGACUCCACCCCCUGCAGCCCUCUAAUGUUUGAUUGGCUGAAGUAAAAGCUUGAGGUAUCAUGUUCACAAAUUUUAGGAACACAUUUUUUAUUCAAGAGGCGUGUUAACUGUAUCCCUUGUACAUUGUCCUCCUGAAUUCAGUUUUGAAUGAUUUUUUUAUAUUAAUAGCACCAAAGUGCAGACAACUUGUGAAGGAAACUAGUGCAGUUCGUUUUUCUGAUUGGUUAAACAGUACGGGAAGUACUUGCCUCUGUUACAUAUGUAUAAAUAUACAACAUGGCUGGAUUAUAGAAUGGCCACCGCUGCGAUUAGGACAUAUUCAAGGAGAGUUUGGUCCUGAUUAAAAACAUCCCAAAAAUACAGUUGAAGUUGUUUUAGGGUUAGACGAGUCCCUUCGUUACGUUGUUUUAAAGAUGCAUAGUCUCACUAAAGCAUCGCUGUCUUUAAAUGGAAUUGGGCGGCGGUGUGUUGCUGUGAACCGUUUUUUAGGAGCAAGAAUCAUUUGCAGGGGACUCGCGUGUGCAGCAGAACACGGGGAACAUGAAAAUGAGCUUUAUGAUGUCAUUAUAUCUGGAGGAGGAAUGGUUGGGACCGCUAUGGCUUGCUCUUUAGGUGAGUCGAGGUGAUCUCCUGAAACUGCCAAGAGAGACAGGCCAAUAUGCCCCUAUAGUUGCCCCCUCUAAAUGUAUUUCUACAGCCACAAAAUCAUAAACCCCGCCUAUUUCUACAAUUUAUCUUCAUACAUUAAAAUGUUAAACCUAACCUUAACCACACUGCUAACCUUAAUGCCGAACCCUAACCUUAAAUUAAGCAAAUUUUUGUAGCCAAUUUUUACUUUGUCGCUGUGUAAUCAGAUUUUGUGGUCGUGUAAUCUGAUUUUGUGGCUGUGUAAUCUGAUUUUGUGGCUGUGUAAUCUGAUUUUGUGGCUGUGUAAUCUGAUUUUGUGGCUGUGUAAUCUGAUUUUGUGUCUAUAGAAGCUAGUGGAAACCCCUCUAAAGGAGGAGCCAUCAUUCUGCUGCUGAAUGCAAUUGUGGCUUUGCUGCUGAUUUACAGCAUACAGUAUUUGUCUUAGUUCUAUGUUGCUUAAGUAAGGUAUAAUUAAAAGAAACAUGUAGAGGAACUUUAAUUUCUUGUCCUCCUUAAAACCACAAGUGAUGCCAAAAUGCAGGCUAUAACAAUGCUGCACCACCACAAAAUUGAAAUCAGUUAUAAAUAGGCUAUUUCACUGCUCGGAACAUCAUAUCAUUAGAUAGUCUGUCUGUUUAUCAUUUUGGAUGCAGCAUCAAUCAAUUUCAUAGAUCUUCAUUAUUCUUGACAGCCAUGGAUCCAAACUUGGAGGAGAAGAAGAUCCUGCUGCUUGAGGCAGGCAACAAAAAAGUGAGGGACAAGGUCCCAGAUGCCUAUAGUACCAGAGUCAGCUCCAUCAGCCCGGGCUCUGCCACCCUCCUCAGUGGUACACAACCAUAUUACCAAACACUAUUAUCAUGUUCCCUGAGAAAGUAAUCUCUCUAAUGGCAUUAGCAUCUCUGUUUUCCAUUGGCAUCUAAUAGCAUCAGAUAAAUUGAGGAAACCUCUCUGCCAGCAGAUACAUACGGCUACAAUAGUUUGAGGUUCAUAAAGAACAGUAGGAGUGAAGAGUUGUUUAUAGUCAGUUUGGUAGUUAAUAUUAUUGUCAGGGUUGGUUUAUCCAGUUAAAAUGGACAGUAUAUCUUAUCCAAUGACAACAGAGCUCUUGUUUAGGUGGCCAGCUUCCUGUCUGAUUAAGCCUAUUUGUGGUGUGGCUUAGUAUAAAAGGUUGUCAGGAAGUAGGUUAGGGAUCAGUCCCAUUCUGUCUAGUCGCACAUGCUUAGCAGGGAUCAUAUCUGGCCUCUAGUCUACAUCAGUCAUUGAUGGCAUCCUCUAAACUGUUAUUCAUGUCUCCUUGGGUUUUACUUGACACACUGAUGCAUGUCAAUAAGGAAGUGAAGGUAGUGAUUCGGAUACCCAUCGCUAUGUCAUGGCCAGUUAAAUUGACUUCGAUGUAAAUUGACUUCACCCACUUCACUUCAUAUCUCAUUUGAUCAAAUUCCUCUAACAAGUCAUUAUGGGGCUUGUAUUACAUUUACAUUUACAUCAUUUAGCAGACGCUCUUAUCCAGAGCGACUUACAAAUUGGUGCAUUCAACUUAUGAUAACUUCUUCAAACAAACAUAACAUUCCUACAUUUUAUAGAUGAGCAUCUUGUAAUAUAUUAAAAUAGUGAGCAUGGGAUCACAUUAUGAACAUGAGAUGUAAGCCCUAUCAGAAGAUGCAGGUCAGUUCUUGGAAACUCCCCUCUACCACAAGCCCUAAAGGUAUUUUUUCCAUUUUAAAACCCUUUUAUGUAAAUCGUUUGAGUUUUACCACUAUAUACUUACUUUCAUUCUCCAUGCAUCAGUAACUUGUUUGGCAAUACAAUUUCAGGAAAAUGUAAUCUCCGCUGCCAUUUAACCUCCACUCAAUCAUGUACUUUGCUGAACGUGCUGUACAAUGCCAUUUUCCUCAGGCAUGUAGUUGCAAACCCAAUAGCGGUUUAAAACACGCAUUUCGUUCAUUCCUCUGUCUAAUUUAUACAUCCUCAGAGGCCAUGCAAAUGCCAGGGUGCCGCAAACCCCAAAAGACAGGAGGUAAAUAAAAAACUUUUAAAACCAAAACUCACUGGCUUGGUGAAAGGUUUGGUUUUUCUUCUGGCCACAGUGGCAGAGUGUUUAUUUAUUAGGAUCACAUUUAAUAGGAAUAAUAAAUCUAUUUGGCAUCUUUGACUAGGCACUCAUUGUCAGUGUCUACUAAUUAUAAAGAUUCAUGUGACAAACAGGAGGCAGAAGAUGAAAGAUGACGGGAUGUGUGGAUGUCAGCAGCAAAGUGACCCUGUUUUACAGCUGUGGGUGCACGCUGAGUCCCUUCUGUAAGAUGUGGUCAGUUUGUAUCAAAGACCAAACCAUAGGGUUUCACUCAUGGCCAAGGAUGUCAUCAUAAAAUACCAUAUGGUGAUUAUAGUGAUAUACCUUUCCCAUAAUACCUAAACUGCUCUGCUCCUUUUUCUGCUUGUUUGUUUGCUGAUGCAUAUUACAAGGAUAGAGGAGCAGUGCGUUGAGGUUAACCUAAAAAAAGAUCUUCACUAUCCCAAAAAGUUAACUACUGCCUUAAAAAGGAAAAAUAACCUGAAAUAGGGUUUUGAGCAAGGAAAGGUUUCUCUAUGAGUCAUUAGUAAACCAUUUCCAAUGGUCUCUCCCUUGUCUGAGUGUUAGGAUGGAAAGAUAAACAGCUUUUAAAGAUCCCGUUUGGGGAUUUCUCCUAGCAAAGAGGACAAUAAGUACAUAGCAACAAAUUCCUUAUCAACAGAAGUAUUAUUUUUCACCAACUUAAAAACUACUUGCAAUUUGCGGUUUGGUUUCAUUAAAUCUUUCGAGCAGCCAACCACUUGUCACAAGUUGCAAACCCACCACCAUUAGUGGUUUUCUGUAGAGUAAAACCCACUACUUUAUGUUGGAAAAAAAGUAGCUGUAUGUUACUUCUGAAAGAUAAGGUCUGUCACCUUGGUAGCAAGCCAUCAGAGUCCUACAUAAGUGUAAUCACUUUGCUGCGUUGCAUGAACCGUUUCAAACAUGACAUGUGCCACAAUAUUGUUUUGUUCUGACUCAACUUUUUUGGGAUACAUGAACAAAUAUUUACUUGCUCAGUAAGGUUAACAAAUGUGUUACUGUAGCCUACUUAUUUGUUGGGCCAAAAAUAUUGCCAUAAAUCAACAUCACUAAUGACCUUUCAUCGUGCUUCAGUAAACUUCCAUAGAACCAAGUCAACCAGCGAACCAGAAGGAUGUUGGUGACCUUCCUAGAACUUAGUUUGGUACUUGAAGUAGUGGCUGCCAAGUUCUGGCUGCAGAUGAACAACUUUGAUGUGUUCAGUUCAAUGAGGCUGUGCUUCUUUGGCCAGCUAAAUAUAGGGAAAGGGGGUGCAUUUAAAGAUAGAGUUGUAGACCACAGGGAUAAUUGGUCUCUCAUUUAGGUUUGGGAUGCCUGCUCAGAUGGCCUGAUUACAUUUGAUAAGGAGAACCUGCAGGACGAGAUGGCAUACAUUGUGGAGAACGACAUCAUAGUGGCAGCCCUGACGAAACAGCUGGAGAAUCUCUCUGGUAAGAAAAGCAGCUUCACGUACAGUCCAGUUGCAUUGAUGAUUUUCUCAUGAAACCCUCCCUAUGCACCAGUAGUGAUGCGACUCUCUCCCCAUAAGACCUCUUGAUUCCAUUGAUAUCCUGUUAAUGGGCACUGGGUCUGGCAGCUAAUGUAAUGUCACCACAUUUGUUCCAUCCUGUCCCUGUUUUUUGUUUAUUUGUACAUUCUCCAGUCUGUUUUUAAAGACCAGUGCAGCUCUUGGACGCAUCCAGGUUUUUCCUGCUAUUUCAAUCAAGUGCCAUAUUUCCUGUGUGCCAGUUAAAGCACUCCAUAGACCCGGUGCCAUGGGAAGACACGUGCAUUGGUCCAGUGACCUAUUUAACAUUGACAUGUGCUUCCACACCAUGAGGAUGCUAAAGUGCUGGCGGUGUAUUCUGCUAUAUUGUUGCUGAAAUUAGACAGGCCUUUUUGAGGUUCAUAAAUGAAACUUUAGCACUGCCGUGUGUCCGACUGUAAACAACAUAUUUAUAAAUGUUGCACUAAACAGAUUUUCCUUAAGUGCAUCACAUUGGUCCUCUACUUAAUUUUUUAUUCCUUUGUCCAUGAUGUUUCUCUGCUUCUGAGGAAGUACAUGAAAAACAUGCACUGAGCCAGCUGGUUUUGUAGUAACUCUGCUCUCCAAUCACUGCAAGCCAAUAUUUGUCACUUGUGUUCAGGACUAGUAGUCAAUCUGCGGAUGGGAACCUCUCCAAGUGGGCAAAGCCAAGCGUAAUUCCGGAUCCUUUCAUGUUCGGGAUGACCGGCUACUGAUAUUCCAAGAAAGUGGGAGUUUUUAGUGCAACCCCAGCAUGCUGGCAGCAAGUGGAAAGUGUGGCAUGGUCUGCUUGUAGAUAAACACUAUUAGUCAAUGCUAUGCGGCAAGCCAAGACCAUUUAGAAGAUUGUCAAUGUGAGCUUCGGCAACUGGUCCCUGCCAGAGAGGGAAACCAGUGGUGUUUUACGAGGUGGUUUGUAGAACCUCCACCGCCUUAGUCACUUACAGCCAAACCGUACUCUCUUUUUUUCCUUUUUGGAGGAAACAAGUAGAAAAGCCUUAAUUAGUGUGACCAAUUGUGACCAAUUCUGGUCCCUUUCUUGUUUAGUGAAAAUAGGGUUACGCAUUUAAUAAUAAUAAUAAUAAUAAUACGCCAUUUAGCAGACGCUUUUAUCCAAAGCGACUUACAGUCAUGCGUGCUACAUUUUUGUGUAUGGGUGGUCCCGGGGAUCGAACCCACUACCUUGGCGUUACAAGCGCCGUGCUCUACCAGCUGAGCUACAGAGGGCCACAUUUGACUGAAAACAAUUCUCUGUGGCGAACCCAGGCUCUGCUUUUGACCAGCUUUUUCUCUGUGUUUUGUCCCUCAGAUCAGGUGAGGGUCCAGUACAAAACCAAGGUGGUGACGUACACCUGGCCCAAGUCCCACCAGGUAGCUGAAUCCAUCCCCUGGGUUCAGGUCACCCUGGCCAAUGGACAGACGCUUCAAACCAAACUACUGGUCAGUCCAACAGCUGAGUAGUAACUCUUUUAUUUUCUGAAUGUUGUGAAUGUUAUUGUUUUUUAGCCUUUGACCAUGAUGUUCUAGGCUGUAACCGCUGUGAUUGGCUGUUUUUCAGAUUGGAGCAGACGGGCCAAAUUCGAUGGUGAGGCAGGAGGCAGGGAUACCCACGGUCAAGUGGAAUUACGACCAAUCAGCUGUUGUGGCUGUUCUGCAUCUGUCUGAAGUGAGAUGCAAAUCUUACAACCUGUCCAUUUUACCACCACACCCUUUAUUACCAUAUAAUAACACCUAGAGGUGAUACUCAUUAUUUUCAUGUUUUACAGUAUAUAUCCUUCUUAUACAGCCAACAGAGAACAAUGUUGCAUGGCAGAGGUUCCUUCCAACAGGACCAAUAGCAAUGUUACAGGUAAGUUUGUAUGUUCAAAGUGCAAAUGAGCUUGUUGCUGUUCCUUCGUUUUAUCUGACAUCCCCCUUCUCUCCUUUUGCUGUAGUUGUCGGACACAGAGAGCUCUCUGGUGUGGUCGACCAGCCACCGCCAUGCCGAGGAGCCACAGCAGCUGGAUGAGGAGAGCUUUGUGGAUGCCAUCAACUCUGCCUUCGUGAGUCAGGCUUGACCCCACCAAAUCAGCUAAUGACAAUGAGGAGCAAAUGCCAAAAUACAGCAGAGAAAGAAAUGCAUUUCUGAAACAUCCAUAUGUGAUAUGAAUAGUACAUUUAUGAAUGGAAAUGCUCUUGUUAAAAUACCAACAUAAUCACACUGUAAGUGCACCAAUGAACCAGUUAGCCAAUACCAAUGGGUGCACUUGUAACUGUACUCUGUCUACUCUAAAUCAUACAUGUAGACAAUGCUAACGUUUUGCCGGCCUAAAGUCGCUUUCCCAAGCCGGCUAUUUUUACUGGUCCUGCCAAUGGGGUCACCACGGUUCAGUCAUGCUUGCUUUCAGGCCUGGUUUGCUAAUUAAACCUGUGGUCUGCCAGUAUUGGUCAUUACUGCAUGGAAUGUUUUUCAAACUAAGCUAAUUCAACAGCACGGCCUGACCAGCCUCUUCUUUUAAUUAGCAAGGCUCCUGUAAUGCCGCCAAACCAUUUUGUUAGAAAGGAAAGUAUACUCGCUCUGCAUUUCUGCUCUAGUUUGCAUCUUUGUUAACUUCUUCUCUCUAAUUGUCUACCACAUCCCUCUCUAUCUCUUCUGUACCGCCCCCUUCUCUGUCUGUCUAUUCCUCUACCCUCUGUUUCUGCCUCUCUGUCUUUCUCUGUCUCUUCCUGUCUCCCUCUUGUCUCUUCCUGUCUCCCUCUUGUCUCUUUCCUGUCUCCCUCUUGGUCUACUUCCUGUUCUCCUCUUGUCUUCUUCCUGUCUUUCUCUGUCUCUUCCUGUCUCCCUCUGUCUCUUCCUGUCUCCCUCUUGUCUCUUCCUGUCUCCCUCUGGCUCUUCCUGUCUCCCUCUGUGUCACACCAUGGCUCUCGGGACUCUAUAUGUUGGCCCGGGGUGUUCAUUCUAUGUGGUUCUGUUUCUUUGUUUGGGUGUUCUAGGUUGUCUUUUCUAGUUGCCUGUGUGACUCCCAAUCAGAGGGCCAACGCGUUGUCAGCUGUCGGCUGGUUGGUCUCUGCUUGGGCGCCAUAUUUAAUCGCUAUGUUUUCCCUUGCGGUGUUGUGGGUUUUUGUUCCGUGUCAGUAUUUUGUCACCGUGGACUUCACGAGUCGUGUUUUGUUUUGUAUACUUUAACUUAAUUCAAGUCAUGUUUGGUUCACACGCUGCGCCUGGUCUACUCACUCAUACGGACGAUCGCUGACACCUUCGUGGCUUUUCCUGUCUCCCCUGGCUCUUCCUGUCUCCUUGUCUCUUCCUGUAUCCCUCUGUCUCUCUCCUGUCUCCCGUCUGUCUCUUCCUGUCUUUCCUUCUGUCUCUUCCUGUCUCCCUCUGUCUCUUCCUGUCUCCCUCUGUCUCUUCCUGUCUCCCUCUGUCUCUUCCUGUCUCCCUCUGUCUCUUCCUGUCUCCCUCUGUCUCUUCCUGUCUCCCUCUGUCUCUUCCUGUCUCCCCUUGUCUCUUCCUGUCUCCCUCUGUCUCUUCCUGUCUCCCUCUGUCUCUUCCUGGCUUCCUCUGUCUCCCUCUCUAUCUGUGUUGUUUCUGUCUGCCAGUGGAGUAAUGAGAACCACAGUGAGCUGGUGGAGACUGCUGGCUCUCUGUUCCGCACUGACCUGUCAGUUCUCAUGCCGUCUGCAGGCUCGGCCCGCCAGCUACCCCCCAGCGUGGCCCGGAUCGGCCCAAAAAGCCGGGUCAUGUUUCCCCUGGGCAUGGGCCACGCAUCAGAGUACAUCAGGCACCGGGUGGCCCUCAUCGGGUAAGUCACCACUCAUCCCUGUGGGACACUGAGUUAUUGAACUUCACAUCAGUUUGCCUUGGAAAACCAUGAUUUAUAUUUGACUUGGCAUCUUGUAAAUAGAAGGAUUAUAUGCCCUGAUUCUGUAAACGUAUAAAAGGGUAAUAUAAAAAUCAUUAUCGACUGCAUCUUAAAAAAUGGUUGGUUAAUUCCUCCACUCAAUUAUUGGUAUUCAUGUCUAUUUCAAGGGAAUGUUUGCUUUGGUCCUACCCUGUAGAUGUAGUGACUAGGUGUACAUGGUGGGGGUCUUUAUUUAUCUUUGCAGGGAUGCAGCACACCGCGUCCACCCUCUAGCUGGCCAAGGAGCCAACCUGGGCUUUGGGGAUGUGGCCUGCCUCACUCAGGUCCUGAGCCAGGCGGCCUUUAACAGGAAGGAUCUGGGUUAGUGACUACACUAAACGGACACAAAACACAGCAGCCAUAGCCAGUGGUUUCUCAUAAGCUCUUUUCCAUAACCCAGGCUAGGACGCUUGCUGUUGAUCUUGAUUAUAAAAAGAACAGGCUUUCCUCCAAAGUUUAUUUGAUGUUUUUUCUGCCCAUUCUGCCAAGGACUGUAUGUACAUUGCGUUUUCAUAGAAAUGGAAAUGCUGUUAUGUGAAUCUUUUACAUUUUAUUUUGUUUUGAAGUCAGAAUAGCUCUAAUGUAUUGACUUAAUGCAACAAAAAUAAAAUGUUUACAGGUCCAGAAUAUUAAACUCUUUCCUCCAUGAUGUGUAACCGCUGGUGUUUUGCUCUACUCUGUGUUGUGUUGUACAGGGGCCAUGCAGCACCUGUUGGAAUAUGAGACGGAGCGCCAGCGACACAACCUGCCCAUGAUGGCCGCCAUCGACCUGAUGAAACGACUCUACUCAACUAACGCUGCCCCUGUGGUUCUCUUACGCACCUUCGGCUCUCUUUUUAAUCCCACCUGUCCCACGUCAUGCCACUUACCAAAGUGA